CAUCAGCAACCAAGUCAGGGUUUCCUCUUCUGCUUCUCUUCGAAUUCUGGCGCGUCUCGAACCACCCACCUACACUUGGCUGUGAAGUAACCAACUUCGCUCCCGGCCAAUUUUCUCAUAUCUAUUUAAUGGUCCCGUCUCCAACGUUCGGCGCACCCCUCCUUUUGCCACCAUGACUGGACUCAACAUCCAUCUCGACGGGAGCGUGGGCUGCUUCUUCGCUGGUAUUCUCUUCUCGGGCAUAUUGUACGGAUGCACCUGUGCGCAGGUUUUGUAUUACAUCAAGGAAUACCCAAAGGACUCGAGAGUACUGAAGCUUUUCGUCGCUUUUGUAUGGGUGCUGGAUACGGCAACCACGAUAGCAAAUAGUCAGGUUCUCUGGUACUACACGGUUUCAAACCACCAAAAUCCAGCAGCGCUUGACUACGCGCCCCGGUCUUUCAGGGCGCAAUACAGUCUUUCGGCGAUCUCUGUAUUUGUAGUACAAUGCCACUACUUGUCUACUAUCUGGCGCAUGCUGACAAAGAAGUGGUAUCGGCUCCCUAUGUUGUCAACGGCUGUUCUACUUUCUAUUAUUUCUUUGGCUUGUGGCCUCGCCGAUGUGUAUAUCACUACCUUAGAUAAUUUUGUCUUCGUUGCCUUCGCCCGGGUCAAGAUUCCUGCCUAUUUGCAAACCAUCGCGGCUUGCAUCACGGACGUCUUCAUCACUGUCUCGCUGUGCUGGAUAUUGCGCGGCAACCGGACGGGACUUGCUCAGUCGGAAAGCCGGAUCUGGUGGUUGACAUUCUCAAUGGUCAAUCGAGGCGUCUUAACGGCUGUACUACAGGUUGUCGUCCUUGUAACUUAUGCCGCCUUGGAGAACAGUAACGUUCUUCUAUGGCUGGUCUUCCACUUCCCUGGCACACAGAUCUACACGAACUCGUUGCUCGCUGUCCUGAACGUCAGGCACUUCGUGCUUAAGAGCAAACGAACACAGUUUCCAUCUCUCAAGUCGGCUAUACCGCUGUCAAAGGUCAAACGCACUGCAGCCGCUCCUGAGUAUGGCGGCGGUGGCAGCAGUUACAGCAGCCAGCAGCAGCAAUCUGUUCUGCCAACGGUCAUCGCCAUCUCGACUGAUGUUCAAGCUGUCCGCGACGGCGAGGUGUAAAUGGAGGGGGACGCCGCCGCUGGCUACGCAAAGUCGACGGCUUGGUGAGCAUCUAGCAGCACAGGCUUCACGGUGCUAGCAUCAACUCCUCGGCGGCGAAGUUCCUGGGCUUCGCCCCCUUCGCUUCACGAAGUCCCCUAGAAAGCAUAUGGGAAAGGGCAGGUUUAGAGGGGAGCUAGAUGGAAUCAUCGAUUCGUUUGCGAGGCCCCGAAAUCUGUCACCUAGCAAAAGCUGUACUGUUAUCCCCACCAAUCCCCACUGGGUAAUUAAGAUCGUCCGGAGUCCAUGUCAUAUGGCUAGCUGGUGUGGAGCGUGGAC